GUGCAGGUCCCCUGUUGCUUUAAGCAGUGUGUUUUUUCGACCAACAGGAGGCGUGUCUUCCCCACGGCCGUAGCGGAGCGCAGCAAGACGCGAGUCUGAAGGAACCGAUCUGGCUCGUCUCUCUAUCGGAACAAAUCAACUACUUUCUCAGCUCAUUCUAAUCGAAGACCGCCCGUGAAUGGAUUUCUCCCGGAUUUGCCCAGACUAACAUGGAUGCCCCACCGUUAGCUGAGUGGGAAGGUUGUUUCUUGGCGCAGUGAGCUGGACACGCAGCGCUUGCUAAUGGAUCUGGGGAAACGAAUGAUACCUUCUCCCUGACUGACCAUGCCGUGAUCUUGCGCAUGGGCCGUCACCCUGCUUAACGUCAAAAGAAACAUUUCGGGGGAAUCUACUGAUCCAGGGAAUAAAUAGUGUGGCAUCACACAGACACCAUGAAGAUUACCUCCCCGCUCAUAAGUAAAGCGAGAUUCAGAUGCACGGUCAGUCUUCUACUGCUGCUAUUACUAUGUGUGGGAUAUUCUCGCGGGAUGCCACACGUUUUAAGAUUUGGAGGAAUAUUCGAGUCCAUUGAGUCGGGGCCGUCAGGUGCUGAGGAACUAGCCUUUAAAUUUGCUUUAAAUACAAUCAACAGGAACAGAACCCUACUGCCAAACACAACGCUAACAUACGACAUCCAACGGAUAAACAUCUACGACAGCUUCGAAGCCUCCAGAAAAGCCUGCGACCAACUAUCUCUGGGGGUGGCGGCCAUCUUCGGCCCCUCCCACAGCUCGUCGGCCAAUGCGGUCCAGUCCAUCUGUAACGCGCUUGGCGUGCCCCACAUCCAGACAAAAUGGAAGCACCAGGUGUCUGACAACAGGGACUCCUUCUACGUCAGCCUCUACCCAGACUUCUCCUCUCUCAGCCGUGCCAUUCUGGACCUGGUUCACUUCUUCAAGUGGAAGACGGUCACCGUUGUCUAUGAUGACAGCACAGGUCUUAUUCGGUUACAGGAGCUCAUAAAGGCUCCAUCUCGCUACAACAUCCGCUUGAAGAUCCGCCAGUUGCCAGCGGACACCAAGGACUCCAAGCCUCUCCUCAAGGAGAUGAAGAGAGGGAAGGAGUUCCACGUCAUCUUCGACUGUGGACACGAAAUGGCUGCCGGCAUCCUAAAGCAGGCUCUUGCUAUGGGGAUGAUGACAGAGUACUAUCACUACAUCUUCACCACACUGGACCUGUUUGCGCUGGACGUGGAGGCCUACCGUUACAGUGGGGUGAACAUGACUGGCUUUAGGAUCCUGAAUACGGAGAACAGCCAAGUGGCCUCCAUCAUAGAGAAGUGGUCCAUGGAACGCCUGCAGGCCCCGCCCAAACCUGACUCUGGCCUACUGGACGGCUUCAUGACGACGGACGCUGCGCUCAUGUACGAUGCCGUGCACGUGGUGGCCGUGGCCGUGCAGCAGUCUCAGCAGAUCACUGUUAGCUCCCUACAGUGCAACAGACACAAACCCUGGCGCUUUGGGAACAGAUUCAUGGCCCUCAUCAAAGAUGCCCACUGGGAUGGCUUGACUGGGCGGAUCACUUUCAACAGAACCAACGGCUUGAGGACAGACUUUGACCUGGAUGUGAUUAGUCUGAAGGAGGACGGACUGGAGAAGAUUGGAACAUGGGACCCUCCUAGUGGCUUGAACAUGACAGACCACCAGAAAGGGAAGACAUCCAAUGUCACAGAUUCCUUAGCCAACAGAUCUCUAGUUGUCUCCACCAUACUGGUGGAGCCCUAUGUGAUGUUCAAGAAGUCAGACAAGCCCCUUUACGGUAACGACCGCUUUGAGGGUUACUGCAUCGACCUGCUGAGGGAGCUGGCUAGCAUCCUGGGGUUCACCUACGAGUUGCGUCUGGUGGAGGACGGCCGCUACGGGGCCCAGGACGAGACCACGGGCCAGUGGAACGGCAUGGUCAAGGAGCUGAUCGACCACAAAGCUGAUCUGGCAGUGGCACCCCUGGCCAUCACCUACGUGAGGGAGAAGGUCAUCGACUUCUCCAAGCCCUUCAUGACACUGGGGAUAAGUAUCCUCUACCGCAAGCCCAACGGAACCAACCCUGGGGUCUUCUCCUUUCUCAACCCCCUCUCACCCGAUAUCUGGAUGUAUAUUCUGCUGGCUUACUUGGGUGUCAGUUGUGUGCUGUUUGUCAUAGCCAGGUUUAGUCCCUACGAGUGGUAUAACCCCCACCCCUGCAACCCCGACUCAGAUGUAGUGGAAAACAAUUUCACCCUGCUAAAUAGUUUCUGGUUCGGAGUUGGAGCUCUCAUGCAGCAAGGCUCUGAGUUAAUGCCCAAAGCCCUGUCCACCAGGAUCGUAGGAGGCAUCUGGUGGUUCUUCACCCUGAUAAUCAUCUCCUCCUACACGGCCAACCUGGCUGCCUUCCUCACUGUAGAGAGGAUGGAGUCACCCAUCGACUCAGCUGACGACCUGGCCAAGCAGACCAGGAUAGAGUAUGGAGUGGUGGAGGAAGGAUCCACCAUGACCUUCUUCAAGAAAACCAAGAUCUCCACAUACGACAAGAUGUGGGAGUUUAUGAGCAGUCGGAGGCACUCUGUGAUGGUGAAAGAUAUAGACGAAGGGAUCCACCGAGUUCUCACCUCGGACUACGCCUUCCUCAUGGAGUCCACCACCAUAGAGUUUGUCACCCAGCGCAACUGCAACCUUACGCAGAUAGGGGGUCUCAUCGACUCCAAAGCCUACGGUGUGGGAACCCCCAUGGGCUCUCCGUACAGAGACAAGAUCACCAUAGCGAUCCUGCAGCUGCAGGAAGAAGGAAAGAUGCACAUGAUGAAGGAGAAGUGGUGGAGGGGGAACGGUUGUCCGGAGGAUGAGAAGAAUAAGGAGGCCAGCGCUCUGGGGGUCCAGAACAUCGGGGGCAUCUUUAUCGUCCUGGCGGCUGGACUCGUCCUGUCGGUGUUCGUGGCAGUCGGAGAGUUCAUCUAUAAGUCCAAACAAAACGCACAGCUGGAAAAGCCCCAACGGCACCAAGGUGAUAGGAAGCGUGAGGAGUUCUGCUGUCACCACGGACCCUCCAAGCAGCUACCUGUAGACUUUAACCACCAGUUCAAAUGACCUCCAGAAAGACUCCAGAGACUCCAGUCAUCUACAUUUACCUUACAAUGCACAAAUUGUACUUUUUUAACUUCAGAUAGUUCCCGAUUGGGAAGUCUCCUGUCGGAAGAACUGGCAGCAAUGUUAUGGUCACAACGUUUGAAUGAAAAGUUGCCAUUGGUGCAUGGUUGGGUGUAUGUUUUCGAAAGGCGGCCCUAAAACUAUAGGUGCAGGGUUUCACACGAUGGGAUUGGAAGGUUGGCCCAAAUGCAUGAUCCAUAAUGCUGAGGUAAAUGUCACCAGUCUUCAUGUCACCCUUCACACACAGCCACAGCAAUCCUCUCCCAAAAAACAAAUUGUUAUUAUCAGAUACAAACUUUUGGACAGACAAGCCAAACUGAAUCAAGCUAUAAUUGCAAACUCUGAAGGCUUGGUUUUGAAAACACAUGUAAGCUUUCAGAUAUUAUAACAUACUAACUACUCUACUGAAUAAUCUCAUAUUGAAAGUGUAAUGCUACAACAACACAUCGUUGUCAACAGCAUGUAAACAUUUUGAUGUUCCUCUUAAUCCCAUGUCCUUCCUGUCUUGUCCUUCUUGUCCUGACCUGUCCUUCCUCUCCGGUCCUUUCUGUCCUUCCUGGGAUUCCUGUCCUGUCCUUCAUGUCCUGUCCCGUCCUGUCUUUCCUUUCUAACACAGUGCUCUCUUACCCAACAACAGUCUCAUAAAUCUCAAACGCCAACCCCUACUUAGCUCUCCACAGGAGCCUGGUCUGCACUAAGAGCUUUCUUCGACACCCUCCAUCGAUCCCACAAUGCAGUGAUGCUGCUGCUGCUUCUUGGCCAUAAGCCCCCAUAUCAAUGAUUCACAGCAUCUAGUCAUGAAGUGAUGUUCACAGAGUCCUUCUGUCAACGACAACACACACACACACACACACACACACACACACACACACACACACACACACACACACACACACACACACACACACACACACACACACACACACACACACACACACACACACACACACACACACACACACACACACACACACACACACACACACACACACACACACACACACACACACACACACACACACAGCACAGCACUACACCCACAGAGCAGCCAUGCUAGACGGGAGGGGAGGUCCCCCAUCAAUAGGAUGUCAUUUAAAGAAUGCUAAAGAACGAUAUGGCUAAUAAAAACCCAUAAGGAAGGUUGGUAGUGGGUAGAGUAGGGAGUAAUAGUCAGCCGAGCCAGAGAAAAGAGAAGGAGAGUGAUGAUUUAAUAGAAACCUCAACAUCGUUUGAUGUUGAUCAUGAUCUCUUCCUGGUGUUCUUCAGCGUUUCUUUGUGUCAGACACAGCAGUUGAGGAAGAUACGUUUCACACUCUUAUCAGCUCAGAACGAGGUGGAGGAGCGUGUCAAACAGAUAUAUCCAGACAGAGAAUAGAACAGACAGAGAAUAGAAUAGACCUCACUCACAUGUCUCACUCACAUGUCUCACUCACAUAUCUCACUCACAUAUCUGUUUCAAGAUUAGUUCUUAGAUGUCAGUCCAUUUAACAUUUUAUUUUCACACUACCUGUGACUAUAUGCUACAAUUAUAUAAGUUGUGUACCUCAAUAUUUUAACACCCAAUUGAUAACCGACAAAGGUGUAUAUUGCUUUUCAUAAAUUCUCAUAAUCAAUCUUUUUUUUAAAUGUCAGAUGAUCUGAGAAGCAAUACAUGAUUUACUCAUCCAAAGCAAAUUGACAUUUUCCAAGAGGUUUGAGUGUCACACAAUCACAACGUGUAUUUUAGUAUGUGUGGCCCGUUGCUACUGUUUUAACUGUUAAACCUUGACACAAUAUGCAGAGUACCAAGUGUACCAAGUAUUCCCAUAUCAAUUCAAUAAUUAGUCACCUUUGAAAAUACCUGAUAUUUUAUUUAAUUGCACAAGAUCCUUUACUUGAAUGUGUCGACAGUACAGGGUUGUAUUUUCACCACGAUGCUGAAAGUGUCAACUUGAAAAUGUUUCUAAGCAUCUCUUUGUUGGGUUUGUCAUGCUUGAUAGCGCACACCCUGCAAUUUGCAUUUUUUAAAGUACCAGUCAGAAGUUAGGACACGUCUUCUCAUUCAAGGACUUUUCUUUAUUUUUACUAUUUUCUAUAUUGUAGAAUAAUAGUGAGGACAUCAAAACUAUCAAAUCAUGUAGU